AUGCGCGAAUGGCAACAAUGUAACGAAUUCAGGUAUCGAGCGGAAAAGAGCCGUUUUGCGUGCGCGGGGGCGACGCGUCGCGGAGAGCUGCGAUCGAUCCCAAAGCGACCUUGAGCUGCUCUCCUCCUGCUCUGAAUGAACGAGGCUUGAGUUGAGAUGCAGUGAUGAUGAACCAGUGAUGCGCCAUGCCUAUCGUGGACAAGCUGAAGGAAGCCCUGAAGCCGAGCCGCAAGGACUCGGCGGCGGAGGACGCCGGCGACCUCCACAAGCUGCUGGCCUCCUCGGCCCGCAAGGUGCUGCUGCAGAAGAUCGAGUUUGAGCCGGCCAGCAGGGGCUUGUCCGGCCAGUUGGAGGCGCUGCGGAGCAAGUAUGUGAUCCUCAACCCCAACCCCACCCCCAGGCUCGAGGGUGCCGCCGGGCAGAGGGCUGCCGAACCGACGCAGGUGAAGAAGCAGGUCGCGGAGAGCGCGGCCGGCGGUCCGAGCGACGGCAUCCCGCCCCCCCAGAAGGUGCUGUUUCCGGGCCACCGGCUCUCCAUGCGGUGGGAGCGCGUGUGCAGGGUGGGCGCCGGCCUCCAGAACCUGGGCAACACCUGCUUCCUCAACUCCACGGUGCAGUGUCUCACCUACACGCCGCCACUCGCCAACUACCUGCUCUCCCGGGAGCACAGCCGUGCCUGUCACCAGUCCGGCUUCUGCAUGAUCUGCGUGAUGCAGAACCACAUGAUUCAAGCCUUCGCCAACACUGGCAACGCCAUCAAGCCUGUCUCCUUCAUCCGGGACCUGAAAAAAAUCGCCCGACAUUUUCGCUUCGGGAGCCAGGAAGAUGCACAUGAGUUCCUGCGCUACACCAUCGAUGCCAUGCAGAAGGCCUGUCUGAGCGGAUACACAAAGUUGGACAGACAGUCUCAGGCCACCACGCUGGUCCACCAGAUCUUUGGUGGAUACCUCAGGUCCCGAGUCAAGUGCACCGUGUGUAAAAGCGUGUCGGACACCUACGACCCUUACCUCGACAUCGCUCUGGAGAUCCGGCAAGCAGCCAACAUCGUGCGAGCCCUGGAGCUCUUCGUGAAGCCGGAUGUCCUGAGCGGAGAGAACGCGUACAUGUGUGCGAAAUGUAAGAAGAAAGUGCCUGCGUCCAAGCGUUUCACCGUCCACCGGGCCUCCAGCGUCCUCACCUUGUCCCUCAAGAGGUUCGCCAACUUCAGCGGGGGGAAAAUCACCAAGGAUGUUGGCUACCCAGAAUUCCUCAACAUCAGACCUUACAUGUCGCAGAGCUCCGGGGAGCCCGUCAUGUACGGCCUCUACGCCGUCCUGGUGCAUUCUGGGUAUAGCUGUCAUGCUGGCCACUACUACUGCUACGUUAAGGCCAGCAACGGGCAGUGGUACCAGAUGAACGACUCCAUGGUCCAUCCCAGCACUGUCAAGGUGGUGCUCAACCAGCAGGCCUACGUGCUCUUCUACCUGAGGAUUCCCGAGGCCAAGAAGAGCGCUGAUGGCGUGGCGGUGAAGCAGGGAGUGGUGCAUUCUGGGAAAAGCGGCCUCACCCCAGAGCAGCUGAAGAAGGCGACUCCCAACGGGCCACUGUGCUCCCCGCAAGUGACGAAGAAGCAGCUCGAGCCCCAGCCGCGGAAGCUGCAGUCCCUGGACAGCGGAUGCGGUGCCUCCGGCGUCGUCGCUGCGGUACCUUCCAGAAAAGGCUCCGGGUUCCAGUCCCCCCCCAAGCCGGACGGGGACCUGCCCUCCCCCGUCAGCACCCCCAGGCUGCCGGGUUGCGCCUCGCCGGCCGAGGGGCCUCUCGCCAAGGCGAAGAAGCCGCAGCGGCAAGCCUUCGGCAAGGCUCCGGGUUCGACCCACGGCCUGGGCAGGACGGAGGGGAGGAGCUUGUCCACCUCUACCUCCUUGAAGUCCCUGUCUGACUCCUCCUCCUCCGGGGACUCCUCUGACUCAAAGGAUCUGGAACUCGGGGAGGCGGGAGGCCGCAGGGACACCGCCGGACCCCGCAGCGCGCCUGCGGGAGGGGCACCCCCGAGAGGCGGGGCGUGCGCCGCCGACAGCGAGGAGCCCCCCGGCCCCCCCGCCGCGGAGACGGGCGAAGGCCCCCCGGAGGAGCAGAAGAUGGCCAAGCUGAAACCCCAGGCCCUCACGAACGUGACCUGCGAACCCACCAGCACCAUGUCGCCGCCCCCCGCCAAGAAACUGGCGCUGUCCGCCAAAAAGGGCAGUCGGGCUCCGACCAGCAGUGAGGAUCCGCUCUGCCCUCCGUAUCGCUCAUCCCGCGACCCCACGCAUCCCGUUCAGCUCUACCCUUUCACCUUCGACCUUCCUCCAGGCCCGGAGCCUAGGUACGGUCGCGGCUCUGGGGCGCGACGCCUCAACGCACAGACCUGGUCCACAGGUGAAAACAGGGUCCCGCCCGCCAGAGAGACGCCGUCAUCCCUGCAUCGGCUCCAUCCUCAUCGUCUCCACAUGAGCGCGCGGAGGACUCUGUGUCCGCAUGGAAGCAGCUCCCCGGCGCCCAUCUGUCCCUCGUUUACCCCUCGCCGUCCUUCCCCGACAAAGUCCUCCGACCCGGUGAGGAACACGUGGAGACGCCUCUCGGCUGCGGUCGCUUGCGGUCAACCAGAGUGGCGGGAGGAGGAUGGGAGAGACGAGGGGAGGAAGAGUGAAGGACCGGUGUCCAGGAGAUAUCGGUCCAGCCCCGAGAUCCAGCCCCGGGGUCCAGCCCCCUGGUCCACGCCUGCGUCUGCGCGGCCCCCACGUGAACUCGCCGAGCCCCAAAGCAGCAGAGCUGUGGAAGUAGCGAGAAGCAGCAGGAGGAGGAAAGAGAAGAAGCCGAGAGGAAAGGGGUGGAAAGAUGGAGCUGGAUCUGCGCUCGAAAGGAGCCCAGGGAUCAGAAGAAGGACUCGACAGGGACACGAGGAGGAGGAGGAAGCCGGGGGGGCAAGGAAGAGCUACCCGGCGGUUGAUGGACCCCCCCCCCCCCCCAUAGAGCGCUGUCGAUGAGAGACGCUCGACUCGUCACUCGGGCGCAGAAGGUUCAGGAGAGACGCCGAGACGAUAUUCAUCGCGCCGCUGUGCUCGUCGAGGAUGUGAGGAGACCAGAGCACCGAUGUUAGGUCGAGGAGGGUAAAACGGCGGUAAAAGGGCCGUAAACAUGGCACGCUCCACGUGCGCUUUGGGUCGAGAAGACCGAAGGGCGCAUGCUCUGAGCGGGACUCGGGUUCGAUGCAUACAGACAUGAUGGGCGAUGCUGUGGAAGCAGGGGCUGAUGGGAAAUUCAGCACACAGCGUAGAGGUGGAGAAUGAAAGGGGGAAAUUAUUAUUAUUAUUAUAUGCAAUUUUAGUAACGGACGCAGAUUCAGAAAACUGCUUCCUCCAGGGAUUGGAAGCAGAACCGAAACCCUCCUGGUCAGUCGUCAUGGUUUGUGUGUGUGUGGCGUACACAUACACACACACACCCCGGCCUGGUUAUUUUCAGCUCCCCCUUUCAGGACGACUGCGGCUGCUGAACUGCCGUCCAAUUCGGUCGUUUGUCCAAAUACGACGGUCCUGUUGAAGGUCCUGAUUCCUGUGUUAAACAGGAAGUGGGUGAGGGCACCGACGGGCUGUGAGCGAGACACAACCCCCCCCCCCCACACACACACACACACACACACACCGGUGCAAUCAGAUGUUUGUGUUCUUGCAGAAACAACAAGGGCGAGCAGAUCCAGGCCAGUGUAAAAAACAGUGUAAAUUGUAUAAAGCAUAAACAGCAGCUGUUCUGGAACGACAGCACCCCCCCCCCCCCAUUUUACUUUCCAAAGUGAUUUUUUUUUACCCUGUUUGUCUUCGAAAAAAACUGUGGAAACUUGUCACCCCUUUUCAUGAAUUCCCCGUCAUCGCACAAGUCCGCCCUCCCGUUGCCAUGACAACAGUAUACCUCUUACUUGUGACCUCAGUGCUGCUCUAGUUCUCUGGUUAGAAUUUCCAAAAAUAGGAGCCUUCGUGGCUUCUUCAUCGGGGGGCAGCAGUCAUCAACAGGGAUGCUGCCCUCCCCCCCUCCCCGGUUAUCAGGUGGCAGGUGGGGUCCGUAUGUUUGUCUCCCAGGAGGCGGAGCUCCGUGUGCAGGGUGGGGGUGGGGGAGCUCAGCAGGGGGCACACGUGAGGGCUUGUCUUCUUACGGCUGGACGAACAGCUGAAGCUCACCACGGUAACAUUGUUUCUUACCCAAUGAAGGUAUCUCUGUGUGGUAUGGGGCCCUGGACUUCAUUCUGCGCGGAGUGGCGGCGUCACCAGGCUCUGGGUAAUUGUAAUGUAAUUGUAAUUGUAAUUUGGCUGUGGCCCGGCCAACCCUGGACAAUUUCCGCUGACUUUGCGGUCAAAGAGCCACUAUGCAAGCCUGGGUUCGACACCCGACUCGGGUCAUCCGGAGCCGGUGGGUGGACUUCUCGAACCCACCGCCCGUUACCCCCCCAGCACGCGUGUGUGCGCGCGCACGCCGCCCGCACCGGCCCUUGCACUAGACGUGUGUCCUGCAAAGAGCGUCACGCUCCUUCCCCGCCACAGUAAGGAAGGAGGUGAAACCCUUCGAUGUAUCGAUAAGGAGCCCCCCACCCUGUUAGAAGCAGCGUGAGCCACAGUGUGCAUUGUCAACUUAGAACACGUGACGUGUGAGUACCACAUUUUACCGUGUUGUGAUGGGUGCCCUUGUCCUAAAGUCCAAUGAAGGGUGGGGGGGGGGGGUGUUUGCUCUGUGUUUACUAUGGUAUACACGUGUACCUGAGCUCCAGUGUAUUUUAGUGCGGACAAGUACCACUUUUAAAGCACACGCUGAGCGGUACGAGGGCCCCCCAGGUGAGGGGAUGGGGGGGACCUGCACCCCGGAGAGACUUUUCUAGAAAGAAACACAUGUAAAGGGUGAGCUGUGAGCUGUCAAUGUACCGGUGCAAUAAAGGUGGAC